ACAGACGUGUGGGUAACGACGUGACGUGACGACGCCACUUCGUUAGCCAACAUGGCGAGGAGACAACGUGGGGCAGCGGCUCGGUCCAGUUCGGGGAAACAGACCGACGAACCGAGCCUGACGCUGCCGGACAGCGACGACGAGGCGCCCGAAGAGGUGACGUUCGAGGACUCGAAGGUUGAAGCUCUGCGGAGCAUGAAACAGGCGCUGGACACGGCCAGAAGAGAGAAAGAGCUGCAGAAAGAGAAGAGACGGAAGAGACAGGAGUUAUUCCAGGAACAGAAGAAGAGAAAACUCUUACCGGCCGACGUGUUGGAGGAAAUCAACGCGUCUCCUUCGAAGAAGCAGAAGCAGCCCGAGGAUGAAGCAGCUAAAGAAGAGACGGGAGAGCAGAAGAGCAAGAAGAAAAAGAAGAGAGGGAAAGGAGCGCAUACCCGAAACGUGAAGGGAAACUACACGGUGACGAUGCUGAAGGAUCAAUCGUCGACGUUCUUCCAGCAGCAGACGGCUGAAGAAUUCAUCCAGUCCAGACUGUACGGACCAGGGAGCUGCAGGACUACGAGUAACGAGCUGCUCUCCCUCGAGAACAAGAGGGCGAUAAAUAAAAGCGCAGCGGUGCAGUUUGUCAAGAAAGAAUGGGCCUGUAAAGAAAAAGCCAAAGCAGAGAAGCUGAAGAAGAGGUGGAUCCACAAGCAGCAGAUUCCCCCCUGCUGAGCUGCCGAACCUCGAGGAAAAACCUCGACCCGAGGCCGGCGGGCCUUCGCUGCACAAACUGCUUCUUCUUCUUCUGAAGUUAAACCAGUCGACGCAGACCAUCACAGACGUGAAGGAAGGCGUCAUUUAGGGUUUAGGCCGGGAACACGAAUCACCAGGAUUCAAGCGCACGAUAGAAACUUUCCAGCACGACGUGCAGCUGGAUGGACUUCACAGAACCUGAACACAGUGAUGUUUAUAGACCCGGAGCAUGUUGACCCGUGUUUCUCUGAGUCAGGUGAUCUUUGUUUUUUCUGUAAAAUGAAUUAAUAAACUCGUAUUUUAUUAAAAAAAAAACAGACUGAAGCUGCCGAA